GGGCGGGGCCAUGGAGAGGAGGAGGAAGAUGGCGGGAGGGCGGCACUGAGGAGACCUCGGCGGCGGCGGAGGAGGAGGAGAGAAGCUCAGCGCCGCGCCGCGCCGGGGCCCAUGUGGGGAGGAGUCGGAAUCGCUGUUGCCGCCGCCGCCGCCGCUGCCGCCUGUAACUGCUGGACCCGAGCGGGAGUGAAGGGGAAACGUCAGGAUGAAGUUCGCUGAGCACCUCUCCGCGCACAUCACUCCCGAGUGGAGGAAGCAGUACAUCCAGUAUGAGGCUUUCAAGGAUAUGUUGUAUUCAGCUCAGGACCAGGCACCUUCUGUGGAAGUUACAGAUGAGGACACAGUAAAGAGGUAUUUUGCCAAGUUUGAAGAAAAAUUUUUUCAAACCUGUGAAAAGGAACUUGCCAAAAUCAACACAUUUUAUUCAGAAAAGCUCGCAGAGGCUCAGCGCAGGUUUGCCACACUUCAGAAUGAGCUGCAGUCGUCACUGGAUGCACAGAAAGAAAGCACUGGUGUCACUACGCUGCGACAGCGCAGAAAGCCAGUCUUCCACCUGUCCCAUGAGGAACGUGUCCAACACAGGAAUAUUAAAGACCUUAAACUGGCCUUCAGCGAGUUCUACCUCAGUCUUAUCCUGCUGCAGAACUAUCAGAAUCUGAAUUUUACAGGGUUUCGAAAAAUCCUUAAAAAGCAUGACAAGAUCUUGGAAACAUCUCGUGGAGCAGAUUGGCGAGUAGCUCAUGUAGAAGUGGCCCCAUUUUAUACUUGCAAGAAAAUCAACCAGCUCAUCUCCGAGACUGAGGCCGUAGUGACCAAUGAACUUGAAGAUGGUGACAGACAGAAAGCGAUGAAACGUUUACGUGUUCCCCCUUUGGGAGCUGCUCAGCCUGCACCAGCAUGGACUACUUUUAGAGUUGGCCUAUUUUGUGGAAUAUUCAUUGUAUUGAAUGUUACCCUUGUGCUUGCCGCUAUAUUUAAACUUGAAACAGAUAGAAGUAUAUGGCCCUUGAUAAGAAUCUAUCGGGGUGGCUUUCUUCUGAUUGAAUUCCUUUUCCUACUGGGCAUCAACACGUAUGGUUGGAGACAGGCUGGAGUAAAUCAUGUGCUCAUCUUUGAACUUAAUCCAAGAAGCAACUUGUCUCAUCAGCAUCUCUUUGAGAUUGCUGGAUUCCUUGGGAUAUUGUGGUGCCUGAGCCUUCUGGCUUGCUUCUUUGCUCCAAUUAGUGUCAUCCCCACAUACGUGUACCCACUCGUCCUUUAUGGAUUUAUGGUUUUCUUUCUUAUCAACCCCACCAAAAGUUUCUAUUAUAAAUCCCGAUUUUGGCUGCUUAAACUUCUGUUUCGAGUAUUUACAGCCCCCUUCCAUAAGGUAGGCUUUGCUGAUUUCUGGCUGGCCGAUCAGCUGAACAGCCUGUCAGUGAUACUGAUGGACCUGGAAUAUAUGAUCUGCUUCUACAGUUUUGAGCUCAAAUGGGAUGAAAGUGGGGGCCUGUUGCCAAAUAAUUUAGCAGAGCAAGAAAUUUGCCACAAAUAUUCAUAUGGUGUGCGGGCCAUUGUUCAGUGCAUUCCCGCUUGGCUUCGCUUCAUCCAGUGCCUGCGCCGAUACCGGGACACUAGAAGGGCCUUUCCUCAUUUAGUCAAUGCUGGGAAAUACUCCACCACUUUCUUCAUGGUGACGUUUGCGGCCCUUUACAGCACUCACAAAGAACGAGGUCACUCAGACACCGUGGUGUUCUUUUACCUGUGGGUUGUCUUUUGUAUCAUCAGUUCCUGCUACACCCUCAUCUGGGACCUGAAGAUGGACUGGGGUCUCUUUGAUAAGAAUGCGGGAGAAAACACCUUCCUCCGAGAAGAGAUUGUGUACCCCCAAAAAGCCUAUUACUACUGUGCCAUCAUAGAGGAUGUGAUCCUGCGCUUUGCUUGGACUAUCCAAAUCUCAGUUACCUCCAUGACUUUGUUGCCUCACUCUGGGGACAUCAUUGCUACUGUCCUUGCUCCCCUUGAGGUUUUCCGGCGAUUUGUGUGGAACUUCUUCCGCUUGGAGAACGAACAUCUGAAUAACUGUGGUGAAUUCCGUGCUGUGCGGGACAUCUCCGUGGCCCCUCUGAACGCUGACGAUCAGACACUUCUAGAGCAGAUGAUGGACCAGGAGGACGGAGUUCGGAACCGCCAGAAGAACCGACCGUGGAAGAACAGCCAGAGCAUAUCCCUGCGCCGGCCUCACCUCACUUCUCAAUCCAAGACUCGUGACACUAAGGUAUUGAUAGAAGACACAGAUGACGAAGCUAACACUUGAAUCCUCUGAAGUCUAGAUUCACGCCCUUGGUUUUCCUACUCUACCAUUCUUUCCUCGACCAACUCAACCUCCAGCACCUUUCCAGCCGAAAACAGGAGAAGACACGUGACACACUUUCCGAGCUCUUCCAGAUCGGAUCCUAUGGACUCCAAACAAGCUCACUGUGUUUCUUUUCUUUUGGUUUAAUUUUCAUUUUCUAUUUUUAAAACAAAUAUUUACUUCAUUUUGCCAAUCAGAGGACAUUUUAAGGAACAAAAACAGUAUCUUACGGAUUGUUUACAACAACAAGGACACAGAAACCUAUCAGGACGAAGAACAGGCAUUGCAGGGACCCUCUGCUGGGACGGUACUGAGAUACUUUGGCUUCUGCUUGGCCCGGUUUUGACUGGUUGAAACCGGACAUGGUUUUUAAAUUUUUUGUCAAUGUAUGUGGAGAAUUUUUUCCUUUCCUUCAUACCCAGCGCAAAAGCACUGGCUGCACUUGCAGGAAAAGUGCAACUUAGAGCAGUACCUUCAUUCAUGAAGCUACUUUUUAAUUUGAUGUAACUUUUCUUAUUUGGGGGAGGGUUGCUGGGUGGGUGGGAAAUACGAUGUAUUUGUUACAUAUAGUUUUCUCAUUAUUUAUGAAACUUAACCAUAAAAGAAUGCUAUAACUCCUGUGCAGUGAAGGUGGUAACAGUGAAAGAAGACCGGGAAACUAAUGUUGGACGGCGUUUAGGAGGGUUUAGUCCACAAUACCUCUUUCAUGAGACAACUCGCACCCAUUUGACCUUUUCUUUUCUUUCUUUUUAAUUUUAAGCCAAAGUUUUAUUACUGAUUUCUUAAGUUGCUGCUGCUUUAGAAUUCUGAGCAUGUCUCUAGUAACAAGCAUCCAUACACUUUCACACAGCCGGCUGAAAUGUAUCUAAGAGUUCUAAUACCUUUUGUUCCUUUUAAGGGGCAGGUGUGGAAUACAUACGUGUUCCAACCGUAACAAUGAAAAGUUAUGCCUUGUUAAGCUUCAGCAUGUAGAGUAAUUGAAAUAUAACCUUUACUAAUUCUAAAUUAGGAGACAAAGCUAUUUCAGAGACUCUGCACCCUCAUUGGAUAGCUUUUCUUCUGGGCUUACUUCCCUUAGCCAGAAUGUGAUCAAAUUAAGUCUAUCUUGGGGAAACCAUGUUUUCGAGAGCAUAGAACAAAUUAGCUUUCCUCUUUCAUAUAACACUGAUAAAAAAGACCUUGGCAGCCAUUUCUCCCUGCAGUUUUAAAGGAUAAACAUGGAUUUCAUACUGUCCUAUAAUAUAAAGCCUGCUUUUAAAAUUUUCAGGGUCUAAGCUUGGUCAUACACAAAAAGUAUAUUUUUCUUAGACAUUUCAGACUAUCAUGGUCUAUAAACAAUGCCCAAUUUCACUUUUUUGUCUUAUUUCUUUCCUGUGUUCCUAACCCUAACCCAAAUAAGCCCCAGAACUCUAAGGGAUUAUACUUUCUUGAAUGUGGUUGGCAUUAAAUUUAGCAUUUCAUUAUUUAACAAAAUUGAUAAAGAUGCCAAGAAAAUUAAAAUAUAUUUUAAUCUUCCCUUCCCGCAGAUCUGGAUAAAGAUUCCAAAGUAGACAUCAGUUGAUUUGUGAAAUUAAAUUACUUCUCUCAUUUUCAGCUUCAUUUUAGACAAAGGAAUGAAAGAGUAGAAGGGGCAGCUGUUAUCAGUUAUUUAGUCUUAAAGACAAAUGGUUACUGCCCCUUAAUGCACCCUCUGCCGUCAGCUCUUCUGCCACACAUCACAAGUGUUUACUCAUCCUGGUCAUAAUUUCAGGAGAUUAUAUUACAAUUACUCUUACAACCAAAAUUCUAUCGAUUAAUGGACAAAUAGUUUCUUUUUAAGGAAUUUCUUCCAUCUUGAUUCUGAAAAGUUUCCACAAUUUCCCUUUCUGAAUAGAGGUUUUUUUUUCCUCUUUUUUGAGAUAUACAACUUUUUGGCUUUGACUGCUUUGCUUUUUGUGUGUGUGUUUUACCAAGCACGUCCCUUGUCCCAGAACUGAAGAGGAAAAGUUUAAUUACUGAGUUUUAUUUUUUAGUUUAAAUAAAUUGAAUCAUUUAUAAUAAUCAGUGGUAACAAGUUAUUGCCCCUUAAUAGAUGAAAGUUUUGCAUUAUUUAUACUUGAGAUUUUUUUCCGAACUAUUGUGUUUGUACUUUAAAACUAUGGGUGAAAUAAUACUGGUCUGUCAAGAAAUAGCAGUUAAUUAUUACUGAGUUAUAUAAAUAAGUCCAGUGGACCAUUAAUUUCUUAUACAAAUAAAACUGAUGGUACUAAUGUGUAUCCA